UAACCAACCAUAUUUUGAUUGAUUAAUUAAUAAUUCAAACAAACAAAAAAGGCAGUGAAUUUGAUUGGUCCAGUGUUAUAUAAGAAUAACUGACAGAAAUGUCCAUUAUCUCAUCUUGAAUUCUUCGUGUUUCUUUGGUCUUAUUAUUUUUUUUUUUUCAAAAAUAAACUAUACAAUCAUACAACUACAAAUUUUCGACGAGGAAUAAUAACUUGCUUGUAAUCAUUUUUUUUCAAAAGUCAUGGAUCUUACAGAAUUGGAUUCAUCGUGUAACAAUGAAAUGACAUCAUCAGCGCUUAGACUUGUCAUGGAGAUUUCAAUUAAUAAACUGCGUAAUUUUCAAAAUACUUUACAAUCUCCAGUGGGACAACCUAUGAAAGCAUCAGCAGCAGCGGCAGCGGCAGCAGAAAAUAGGAAUAUUUCUUUGUCUAACAAUAAUAGCAAUAAUUCAGAAUCUAUGCCACGUGUCACCGCAAGACGAACAUCGAGUACCUUCUCCCCGAGUAAUCGAUUAUACAGAAUUAUGGUGAUUUUAAAAAUUGCUAAGAAAGCUAGAUCAAUUUUGCUAACUCAAGAAGCUAUGAACACUUUACCGAACACAAACGUUAACAAUAAUAAUAAUAAUGACAAUAGUAAUAAUGUAGUAAAUAACCAUGAUACAUCUCCACCCGAAAGAAUAUCAUCUACCAGUCAUUCAGACAGUGGAGAACAAUGUAAUCUUUUAAAUCCUGCCAAAUCAACUGCUCCUCUCCCGACGAAUCCAUCCUCUGAAAUGCCUGUUUUACAUUCAAUCAAUCCUAAUGAACAAAGAUAUAAGAGAAUAUCUGACCACAGCUCAGAUGAUUCCUCUGUAACAAGUAACAAAAGAGUGUUUGACUCUAGUCUAUCUAUUUGGACGCCUGAAAAUCCUGAAAGUCAAACAAUGAAUAAUCAAGAAGAACAGUUACGUAAUAGUCACGAUGAUGAUAAUAAUAUGGUAUACAACUCUCCUCCAUUCGAAAAUGAUAAUGGUGGCGUCAGGAUGGAAGAUGAGAAUACGGCUGAUGAAGUCGACACUGAAGGUGCAGAUGAGGAUGAUGAGGAUGAUGAGGAUGAUGAGGAUGAUGAGGAUGAGGAGGAGGGGGCAGACAGUACUCCAAUCUAUCCAGAUCAAUAUUCAUUGAAUAGAUGUCGAAUGUCGAUUGUUCAACAGGCUGAUAUACAUUCCCUAGAAAAUAAUCGAACUGCCUCAGGUGAAUCUUUACGUUCCAGUGGCAAUGCAUUACAACAAGUCCCGCAUACAAUGGAUUAUAAUGAAAUGAAUCAUGAUUGUGGAAGAGAUAUGUGUAUCUGUCUAUCGAAUUCACCGAAUUCUAGACCAUUGAUUACAGGAAUUAUAUAAAUUAAUCAAUAUGUAUAUGCAAAUAUGAAUAUGAUUCAAUAAGUGAUGGUGAUAUAUGUAUAUACAUUAUAUCGUUGUGAAUAUUGUUCAGUCCUGUGAUG